CCUGGCCCUGCUGCUGCCGUUUCCCAGGCCAUCAUGGCGGCCGGUGGGGCUGGAGAGGGGAAGGGGGCGCCUCCAUCCCCGUCUCUUCUGGGCCGGGAGCCGGAGAGCGAGGCCAGGGAGGCGGCGGAAGGAGUGAAAGCUGGAACCUGUACCAUCUUAGAUGUUGUGGAAAACCUGGGAUCUCCUCUUGAGAAUGCAGACCCUCAUAUACGUACACGGGGCAUUCAAAUGCUCUCUGAAGUCCUCAUGCAGUGUUAUCCUCUUCUCCGAGAGCAGGAAGUAAGCCACCUUGUCUUGUUUUACGAGAACCGGCUAAAAGAUCAUCACAUUGUCAUACCAUCUGUGCUGCAUGGACUCAAAGCUCUGAGUAUGUGUGAAGUAUUGGCUCCAGGCCUGGCAGUUUCUGUUCUGAAAGCCAUCUUCCAGGAGGUCCAUGUCCAGUCUUUGCUGCAGCUGGAUCGCCAUACAGUCUACAGUAUCAUCACUAACUUCAUGAGCAGCCGAGAGGCAGAGCUGAAAAGUUUGGGUGCUGAUUUCACCUUUGGUUUCAUCCAGGUAAUGGAUGGAGAGAAAGAUCCGCGCAACCUAUUAAUAGCAUUCCAGAUUGUACGAGAUAUAAUUGUAAACGGCUAUGCACUAGGGCCCUUUGCAGAAGAACUUUUUGAAGUGACUUCCUGCUACUUCCCUAUCGACUUUAACCCUCCCCCCAAUGAUCCUCAUGGAAUCCAGAGAGGAGACUUGAUUGUCAGCCUGCGGGCAGUGCUGACCUCUACCCCCAUUUUUGCAGAGUUCCUGCUUCCUUUGCUUAUUGAGAAAAUGGAUUCAGAUGUACAAAGUGCGAAACUGGACUCACUGCAAACCCUGAGUGCUGCCUGCACAAUCUAUGGACAGAAAGAGCUGAAGGAAUUCCUACCCAGCCUCUGGUCAUCCUUGCGUAGGGAGGUGUUCCAAACAGCAAGUGAGAAGAUUGAAGCAGAAGGUCUGUCAGCAUUGAAUGCUCUAUCAACUUGUCUGUCCCGUUUAGUGCUCAGUUCUGAUGAUGAGGAUCUUCUUGAUUCCUUUCUUAGAAGCAUUCUGCAAGAUUGCAGACACCAUCUGUGUGAGCCUGACAUGAAACUGGUCUGGCCCAGUGCCAAGCUUUUGCAAGCAGCUGCAGGGGGCUCUUUGCGGGCGUAUUACCAGAUUACAAGUAGUGUACUUCCUUUGCUGGUGGAAGAGUACACCAAACAUAUGCAGAGUAGCCAGCACAGGACAAUCUUGGAGGUGCUGCUUGGUUUCUUGGAGCUGCGGCAAAAGUGGGGUCCUGCAGAGGAAGACAAGAGUCCGCUGCUUCUCUCCAAAGCAUCUCUGUGUACCAUGGUAUUCUCUGCAGUCACUGAGCCCAAUGUGCAACUUCAGCUGGUUGGGAUCCAGGCUCUUACCUUUUUAGGGUCACUGCAAGGACUCCUGGCACCCCUCGAUGUGGAGAUGCUUGUAGACCACCUUGCACAGUUCAUCUUGCAUGAAACAGAUUCCCAGACCAGUUUGGCAGCAAUGGAGGCUGGUGGUACCCUGGCUCCUGUCUAUCCAGAAGCUUUCAGCAGGUGUUUUGUUCAGAAGCUUUCGGAAGAAUUGCAGUCAGUUUCAGAGGUUCUGGAGGAUAGCAAUCCACUCCAGCAGGAAUGUUAUUUGAAAGCCCUGGCAGCAGUGUCCACUCAUCCAAGGAUAGUGAGAGAGACUGUUCCAGUCCUCCUACAGCAACUCCAGCAGGUUCAGAAAGACACAAUGCCAGCAAGUACCCAGUUUGUGGUGUCUGUGUGUCAGAGUCUGCAGCAGGUGGCACUGAAAUGUCAGCAAGAUCCUCAGAGUUAUUGGUACUUUCACCAGGCUGUGGUGCCUUGCUUAUUGGGCUUAGCAGUGAAGGCUGCUAUGCAAGAGAAUUGUCACACAGUGCUAAGCAAGGUGCUGCUGAAGGAGGAAGCCUUGUCAGCCAUGGUACCAGUCAUCAGUGCUGCUUGUAUACACUUAAGCCCAGAGUUGGCUGCUCAGAGUGCCUCCAAAGUGGUACCCCUCUUCCUUGAUGGAGAGCUCUCCUUCCUUUCUGGAAACAGCUUUCCCAGCACUUUCCAGCCUUUUGAGGAUGGGCAGUGUCCAGUGGUAGCCCAGGGAAGGCUUGUUGCUCUCCUUAUGGCCUUUGUUUGUUCGUUGCCAAAGAAUGUUCCAAUUCCUCAGCAAGACCGGUUGCUACGUGAACUGCUAGCUCUGAGCUGCUCCUGUGACUGCCUCUUCACUGCUACAGCAGCUGCAAAAUGUUUUGCAGGACUUGUGAACAAACACCCAGCAGGGCCUCAGCUAGAUGAUCUCUUGGGAAUAGCCAUGAACAAACUGGAGCAAGGCUUGAAUGACGGUUCCUAUCAAAGCCAGGCCCUCACUUUGUUGUUAUGGGUCUGCAAGGCUUUGUUGUUGCGCUACCACCCACUAUGUACUCAACUAACCAACAAGCUACUUAUGCUUUUGGAGGAUUCGGUCCUUGGCCCUAAAGUGGGUGAUGGCUUUAUAUUGCUUAUGGCUGAUUCUCCAGAUGUUCUAGGCAAGAGCAGCCAUGCUGAAGUGCGUCUCAUGUUCCGGCAGCGCUUCUUCACAGAGUGUGUGCCACAACUGGUGCAAAGAUUCCAUGCAGCUGCACCUGGCAUGAAAUCAAAUUACCUGAAAGCCCUGUCUCACAUAUUGAACCACCUGCCCAAGACUGUGCUUGUGACAGAGUUGCCUUCGUUGUUAUCUCUGUUGUUGGAAGCUUUGUCAUGUCCUGACCAUGUGGUCCAGCUAUCAACUUUGCACUGUCUACAGCCAUUGUUACUUGAUGCACCUCAUAUCAUGAGCCUGCAUAUUGACACACUGGUUGGCAAGUUUCUCAACCUGACAGACAGUCCUGCUAUGGCAAUCCGCAUUGCUGCUCUUCAGUGCCUCCAUGCACUUGCCUCCUUGCCCACCCCAGUGGUAAUUCCCUACAAGCCCCGGGUGAUUAAGGCACUAGCCAAACCCUUGGAUGACAAGAAACGGCUGGUGCGAAAAGAAGCUGUGACAGCACGAGGAGAGUGGUUUCUGCUUGGGACGCCUGGCAGGUGAAGGUACACAUUGCAAAUCACGAUUGACAGUCUCACUUGCCCUUGCUUGAAUCCAUGGGUCUUCUAAAUCCUUGAAAGCAGCAAGGCUGUGGGCAGAAGUGGAGGACCUUAUUUAUGGGCUAGCCAUUCGAUGGGCUGGCACAGUCCUAGUCCCAACAUCUGUGUCCAAUAGGAUGUAACGGCCAGCUCAAUUGUUGCAGCAGUAAGGUAGUGUGUGGAGAUGGUGGGAUCCCUGCACACUAUGUGUGUGGAGCCAGAAAAAUAAAUAAUCUGUUUCCUAA